UUACAUGUACGCUACCGAAAUGACAUAUGGCAAGGCCAGAUCUGAUAUGGGAAUAUUAUACAGCGCAGUGGAGUGCACUGGGUCGGAACAACGCUUGGAUCAAUGCAAGGUUUCUAUGGAAACCAGUGAGUGUAGCCACGACAACGAUGUCAACCUGCAUUGUUUCGAAGUUGCGUACAAAGAUGAAAACAUAUACACAACUACCGAACUCGUGACCCAUGAAGGUUCCGCUAUGGAGAUGGGAUAUACCAUUAACACAGGAGGGGUGAAUUGGAGCAGUGAAGGACCUGUAAAAACUACAGGAAGGAGUGGGACAUCAUUUAUUCCAGUGAGUUUGAUUGUGAUCCUUCUGCUGGUCUGUGUGUUGGUUGGUAUCAUCAUACUAAUCAUUGUGUGGCGGGUCAUCAAGGCGAGGAAUAGCAGAGCAACAUGCACAGCAGGCACUCCUGGUGUAUCGUGGAGUCGAGACGGACAACAGAAUUAUCAACCUGUCCCCGGUGAGAUCGUAGGUGGAGCUGGGUCACCUGCCCCAGUAGGAGUUUAAGAUUUUGGCUUUAAAGGCACCUGACCGUCUGAUAAUUGUCAAAGACCGGUAUUCUCACUUGGUGUACCCAAAUAUAACAUGCAUAAAAUAAAAAAUCUGUGAAAGCUCUGGGGUUCUAUUGGUCAUUGAAGUUGCAUAACGAAGGAAACAUUGGCCGUUAUUUGCUCUCAGAUGCUUGAGAAAAGCUUCAGGCCGGAAGUCUACUUCAGAUUCAAAUUUUUCAGUGAGAAAAUUACCUC